AUGACGACGGUUAACGGAAAAGACACCAAUGAUGUACCACCAUCAUCCCUGAUACGCCGUAUAAGUUCGCGAUCUAUGAAAAAUUCAAAUUCGGAAGAUAAAGAAAAUGGCGACGCCUGUCCUAAGGGAUCGUUUGUCAGCAAAUACAAGAAAGCUCCAGAGGCUCUUAAGAAUUUCCACUUAAACGAUCCCGAGGAGAAUCUAGAAGUUCCCGGAACGCCCGCGACACCGCGGACCUCGACUACGCCUGGUCACGAAAACUGCACAUUCCACCAUGAUCUGGAACUGGACCACAGACCACCCACGAGGGAAGCGCUCUUACCAGACAUGGCAAACUCUUACAGACUUUUACUUACCGGUUUGGGAGAAGAUCCUGAAAGGGAGGGUCUCCUAAAAACCCCUGAACGCGCCGCCAAAGCCAUGCUCUUCUUCACUAAGGGAUACGACCAAAGCUUAGAAGAGGUGCUAAACAACGCGAUAUUCGACGAAGACACAGACGAAAUGGUCGUUGUAAAGGAUAUAGAAAUGUUCUCGAUGUGUGAACAUCACCUUGUGCCGUUCUACGGAAAGGUAUCCAUCGGUUACUUGCCCCAAGGCAAGAUUCUUGGGCUUAGCAAGCUCGCCAGAAUCGUGGAGAUCUACUCACGUAGAUUGCAAGUCCAGGAGCGACUCACCAAACAGAUAGCAAAGGCUGUCACUCAAGCAGUCAGACCAGCGGGUGUAGCUGUCGUCAUUGAAGGAGUGCACAUGUGCAUGGUAAUGCGUGGAGUCCAAAAGAUCAACAGCAAGACCGUGACUUCUACCAUGCUGGGCGUAUUCCGCGACGACCCCAAGACUCGCGAAGAAUUCCUCAACCUCGUUCACUCCAAGUGA